ACAGUGCCUCCUCGCUGAAGAAAAGCACAGAGAGAGAGAGAGAGAGAGAGAUUGAACUCGGAGGAAGUGACUCAGUGAGUUAAGCCAUGGAAGGUCAAGAAGAGACUCAGCAACCUCAUCUCCAGCUCGCGAACAAGCUCUUCCUUCUCUCGCACCCAGACGUCCAAGACAUCGACAAGGUCCGCCUCCGGGAGGAGGUUUUCGCCGCCGUAAAAGCCGACGAUAUGGCGCCCUUGUAUGAAACCCUAGUUUCGGAAUCGGUGCUGGAGAUGGACCAGGGCCUUCUUGACUUCAUGAAGACCAAGAUCCAGGAGGAGCUCAAGAAGCUUGAUGAAAAGAUUGCUGAUGCCGAGGAAAACUUGGGAGAAAGUGAGGUUAGAGAAGCUCAUUUGGCCAAGUCCCUGUUUUUCAUCCGUAUUGGUGACAAGGAGAAAGCGUUGGAACAACUCAAGGUAACAGAAAGCAAGACAGUUGCAGUUGGGCAAAAGAUGGACUUGGUGUUCUACACAUUGCAGCUUGGUUUCUUUUACAUGGAUUUUGACCUCAUUUCUAAGAGCAUUGAGAAAGCAAAGAACUUAUUUGAAGAGGGUGGUGAUUGGGAAAGGAAGAAUCGCUUGAAGGUAUAUGAAGGCUUGUACUGCAUGUCCACUCGAAAUUUUAAGAAGGCAGCCGAUUUGUUCCUGGAUUCCAUAUCUACUUUCACCACUUAUGAGAUAUUUCCCUAUGAUAUCUUCAUAUUCUAUACCGUCCUGACAAGCAUUAUAUCUUUGGACAGAGUUUCUUUAAAGCAGAAGGUGGUGGAUGCUCCAGAGAUAUUAACUGUGAUUGGGAAAAUCCCGUACUUGUCUGAGUUUUUGAACUCACUGUAUGAUUGUCAAUACAAGUCAUUUUUCGCAGCAUUUGCUGGUCUGACUGAGCAGAUAAAGUUGGAUCGUUAUUUGCAUCCACACUUCCGUUACUACAUGAGAGAGAUCAGAACAGUUGUUUAUUCUCAAUUUUUGGAGUCCUACAAGAGUGUCACUAUUGAAGCAAUGGCUAAGGCAUUUGGCGUAACUGUGGAUUUCAUUGAUCUGGAGCUGUCUCGGUUCAUUGCAGCAGGGAAACUCCACUGCAAGAUAGAUAAAGUUUCAGGUGUUCUAGAAACUAAUCGUCCGGAUGCCAAGAAUUCUCUGUAUCAGGCAACUAUCAAGCAAGGGGACUUCCUAUUGAACAGGAUCCAGAAGUUGUCCCGUGUAAUUGAUCUUUAAGCACAGACAACUUGAAAGCAUAGCAACUUGUGACUUUUCAAUUCUCACUUGAUGAACUAAAUGGUAUUUCCUUUCAUUCCAAACUGGAGAGACUUGAGCGAUGAUCUUCAGGUUUCCGUUUGUGCCUUAAUGUUUAUUCAUAGUGAUUUUUGAGUCGGUGGAGUUUCAAGUAUAAAUUAUUAAGGUGACAAAUCUGUGGGGAGGAAUGAUACUUUGAGCUCCAGGUCUCUCUCAACUCCCAGAAUAUCGCAGGAGUUCCGAUUGUCGUGACUUAGACAAAAUUGAAAACAUAAUUUUAAGUGUUUUUUUUCUUCCAU